AUGUCGGUGACCCCUGAUAUCCUGCAUCAAUUAUAUCAGGGUGUCUUUAAACACCUCGUCUCUUGGUGUCACGACCUUCUAGGGCCUACGGAACUAGACCACCGUCUCCGCUCCCUCCCUCCCGCAUUCGGCGUCCGCCACUUCAAGCACGGGAUCUCCUCGCUGGCGCAGGUAUCCGGGAAAGAACGAAAAGAAAUGGCGAAGGUGCUCUUGGGGUGCCUGAUAGGGAAGAUUCCGAAACCCGUCAUGACCGUGUUUCGCUCACUAUUAGAUUUCAUAUACCUUGCACAGUAUCCUACCCAUGACGAUGACACCCUACGCUACCUCACUGACGCGCUCGACACAUUCCACAAGCAUAAAGAUGUCCUCAUUAAGCUCGGGAUCCGAGAUUCUCUCAAUAUACCGAAGAUCCACAGCCUCCUCCACUAUGCCGAAUCCAUCCGACUCUACGGCACAACGGACAAUUACAAUACUGAAGCAUUCGAGAGACUACACAUCGAUUUCGCAAAAGAUGCGUGGCGCGCAACGAACCAUCGCGAUGAAUUUCCGCAGAUGGUCAAGUGGAUCUCGCGGCGGGAGAAGAUCACUAUGUACGAGGUGUUCCAAGGCCAAUGCCAGGCAGAAGACGAGCCAAACGAGUCCGAGGACGACGACCACGGAGCAUGUCCUGGCCAACCACCACCACUCGCUAAGUAUCCGCAGGCCCCUCAGCAAAACAUCGUAGGCAUUCAGGAGCGUCACCAUGCUCCGGCGUUCAAGACUGCGCUCCUUCGACUGAUCAACGACUUACAGCCGGAAGAGCUCAGACUCAGCCGACGCAACUUGGAGCAGACGUGGUUGCCAUUCGACCGUGUUGACGUCUACCACAGAUUCCGGUUCAAGCCAUAUCCCAGUCACGGUCGUGACUACUUAUUAUGUCUUACAGGUACUAGAGCCGGACGGGUCAAGGUAAUCUUCACCUUGCCCAGGAAACUAUCCGCCAUCCAUGGAGGUGGUCCUGCCCCUUCGUGGUGGCCAAAAGGGCCACUCGCUUACGUCGAGUGGUAUGCCCCGUUCUCCAGUGCCGCCGACCCUGCGCAUCUUAUGUACACCGUGCGCAAAUCCGCUCCUCGCGCCGACGGCUUACCCCACGCCUCGAUCAUACCUCUCGAACACAUAACUCAAUCUUGCCAACUAGUGCCAUCAUUCCCGGAGGGCCCCAAUGGUGUGGUUCCCGACAAUUGGACGUCAGACAACGUAUUGGACCUCGCGCGUAGCUUUCAUCUGAAUAAUUGGGCAAGUAUGUACAGUUAUCAAACACUCUGGUAG